AUGGCGGCGCCUGCGGAUGACUUCAAGAGCCUUCUCGCACUCCGAGAUUCAAUCGACGCCUCGAUUGACGCCUAUGUGUCGCUGACGCCCGAAGAGAGAGCGAAGAAGCCCAAAGUGGACCAAGCACGCCAGCAGAUAUGGAAAGCGGCCACCAAACUUGCCAGCGAGACCGUCGUUCCACCACAGCAGGCGACCUCGAUCGCUUUCCAGCCGUGGCUGAAUGCGGUCGUCCGCACGGCGCUGGAGCUAGAUCUGUUUAACCAUCUGGGAGCCUCGACGACAGCGACUGAGCUGUCCCAGAAAACUGGAGCGGAUGAGACGUUGAUAGCACGCCUCAUGCGGGUCUUCACGGGAUUCAACAUCGUCGCUGAGCUUGGGGAGCUGACCUAUGCUCACACACCUGUCUCGCAAGCACUGACCACGCCCGCCAUUGCUGACCUCAACAAGCACAUCUUUGACAGCAGCUGGGAGUGCAUCGGAAAGAUGCCAGCCUACCUGAAGUCUCUCGAGUACAAGAACCCGGACCAGCCUGAAAACACCCUUUCGCAUUACGCCACCGGGACAGAUUUCUUCGCUUACCUACGCAACGACCCAGCACGGCUGGUCCGCUUCAACUCGGCCAUGAAAGGUGCCGGCGGAAUCCUUGCAAGUCCAAUCCCGCCUCCUCUGCUCGAAGCCGCGGGAGCAGCUGCGGGCCAGGACGGCGUGGUUAUGGUCGACGUCGGUGGGGGUAUCGGCCAAGUCACGGAGAAAGCGAUGGAAGCACAUCCGGCCAUCAAGGGACGCUUUCUCGUGCAGGAUCUAGGCAAGAUCAUUGACGAGGCGAAGGCAAAGAAGCCAGCAUUUGAGGUCAUGGACUAUGACUUCUUCACGGAGCAGCCCGUGAAAGGAGCCGGCAUAUACUUUAUGCGCCGCGUCCUCCACGAUUUCCCUGACAGCAAGUGCCGCGAAAUCCUCAAGAACCAGAUCUCCGCCAUGACACCCGGCACGUCGAGGCUCUUGGUCUGCGAGACUGUCCUCCCCGCCACAGGAUGCAGUGGCUUCGAGAGCCUGGCUGAUAUUAGUCGCACCACGUUCUCUUCCAUGCAACGAACGGAGAAGCAGUGGAGGGCAUUGCUGGAGAGUGUUGGACUCAAAGUGGUCAAGGUCUGGAGUGCUGUGGCCGGCCCGUUUGGCGUCAUCGAGAGCGUCCUUGCGUGA